AUUAAAAGCAAGUAUUAUGGUGGACUAGAAGGAGACUGAAUGAUGAGGUGGAGGAGGGAGAGAGGGAGUGGGCUGUAAGAUUAGCUUUGACAAAAAAAUUUGUGAUAUAGACAAGUGGGUCAUAUAUUAACAGUGGGGGGCUAAACCACUAUACAAGUAGGCUAAGAGAUGAGCUGCAAAUAAAGAGUUUUGCAGCUAGCAAUAGACUAAAUUAUUAGCCUUGCUUUAAUAUGUACUACAUUUCAAAUUUCAAACGAAAGAAUAGUCUACUCCCAUUAAUAAAUGAGGCAUUCUUUUGAAAAAAGAAAUGCACAAGUUACCAACAGUCAAGUUCAAUUCUUCCUGGAUCCAGUUUCCACACUCCUACCACCCAUACUCGCACCCCUGUUCGCCUGGCCUCCGCAGGCACCGAAGGCGGCGAUGGCGGCCUGGGAAGGCGAAGGCCCGGCGGUCGGCAUCGACCUGGGGACGACCUACUCCUGUGUUGCCGUGUGGCAGGGGCGCGGCGUCGAGAUCAUCGACAACGACGUGGGCAGGCCCCUCACGCCGUCCUGCGUGGCGUUCACCGACGCCGAGAGGGUCGUCGGCGAGACGGCCGUGGAUCAGGCCGCCCUGAACCCCACCAACACUGUCUUCGAUGUGAAGCGACUGAUCGGCCAGCGAUUCAGUGACAAGCCUGUGCAAGAAAGCAUCAAGGUGUGGCCUUUUAAGGUCGUCGCAGGUGAUCGCGAGGACUGGCCGAUAAUCGAGGUGCAGUAUAAAGGCGAGGAGACGCAGUUCACGCCUGAACAGAUCUCCGCCAUGGUGCUAGCCAAGAUGAGGGAGACCGCCGAGGUCUUUCUCGGCACCACGGUCAGAAAAGCCGUCAUCACUGUCCCUGUCUACUUCAACGACUCGCAGCGCCGGGCUACAAGGGACGCCGGCUACAUCGCUGGACUGAAUGAAAUACGCAUCAUCAACGAGCCCACCGCUGCAGCCAUCGCCUACGGUCUUGGCAAGAUGUCCAUCAACAACAAUGGAGGAAGAACAGUUCUGAUCUUUGACCUCGGCGGCGGCACCUUGGAUGUCGCUCUCCUGAACAUUGAUCCCGGCACUGACAUUGGUAUGGCUCUGUUCCAAGUGAAGGCCACGGCCGGUGACACUCACCUUGGCGGGGCGGAUUUUGACAACGAGAUGGUCAAUUACUGCCUGCGGGAGUUCAUAAAGAAGCACGGGAAGCACGGAAAGGAUGACAUUGGAAGCAACCAGAAGGCGCUCCGGCGGCUGAGGACAGCCUGCGAGAAGGCGAAGAGAAUGCUGUCUUACAUGGCUGAAACCAAAAUUCAGGUCGACUCGAUUCAUCAGGGCAUCGACUUCUCCGAAACCAUAACCCGAUCCCAGUUCGAGGAGCUCAACAAGCACCACUUCAGCAAGUGCAUGGAGGCCGUGGAGAAGUGCCUCCGCGACGCCAAGAUGGACAAGAACAGCGUCGACGACAUCGUCCUCAUCGGUGGCUCCACCCGCAUCCCCAAGGUGCGGAGCAUGCUCCGCGACUUCUUCGACGGGAAGCAGCUGUGCCAGAGCAUCAACCCUGACGAGGCGGUCGCGCACGGCGCUGCCAUCCAGGCCUCCAUCCUCAAUGGCGAAACUGGCGAUGGCAAGGUGGGCGAGCUCCUACUGCUCGAUGUCACGACGCUGUCUCUUGGGAUCCGAACGAAAGGAGACGUCAUGACCGUCCUGAUCCCAAGGAACACCACCAUCCCGACCAGGCAAGUGAUGGACUGCUUCAGCACCUUCUACGACAACCAGGACACCAUCGACAUCAAGGUGUACGAGGGCGAGAGCGCGAGCACCAAGGACAACAACCUGCUCGGCGAGUUCCGGCUCUCCGGCAUCCCCCCGGCGCCCAGGGGAGUGCCCCGUUUCGAUGUCACCUUCGACAUCGACGGGAACGGCAUCCUGAGCGUGUCGGCGGAGGACAAGACCAGCGGGCGGGCGAGCAACAUCACCAUCACCAACCACAGAAGCCGGCUGCGCAAGGAGGAAAUCGAGCGCAUGGCGCAAGAGGCCGAGAGGCAAAAGGCAAAGGGGAUGAUGGAAUCAGGGAGUGCCAAGCAGGCCAAGAGAGCUAAGCAUGGAAAGUGAUUCUUCAACCCCACCCCAUGUACAAGACGAAUGAGAGGUCUCACUUGGCUUGGCUUGGUCUAGACUUGGCUUGGCUUAUUACGGCUUAUUUCCUCUCACACAAUACUAUUCAAUCUACCAGCCGAGUACUAUUCAUUCUACCAGCCGAACAGGCUCGUUACUUUGCAACUUCUGGCUUGGCAUAUGCACAGCCAUAGCCUAGCUAGCUUGAGCUCUCAUUGUUUCUGGAACCAUGUGUUAACUGGUGGUUUUUUUUUUGCAUCUGUACUUAUAAUUUCAGUAUUCCGUACGUAAGAGUUUCUCA